CCAUCCAAUCCCAGAAGACUUGGGUAUAGAGCGCCAAUCAUCUCUUAGAGCUGGUACGUGGUCUACUCCCGUCUGGGAGCCAGGCUACGCCACACCCUCCCCGCGCCAGACACACACUUCUUCAACGCCUCCGACCCAAAGCGGCUGUGUUGCCAUCACCGUCCCUUGAGGACUUACUACUGGGAUGCCAUCCUGCCUCAGCUGUGAGAGGCAUGAGUCUACAAUGACGACCAAAUGGUCUCGCUGCAGCGUUGUCAUGCAGUGGGACUCCAAGGCUAAGAUGUUUGAAUCUCGUUAGAGUGAAGCCGAGUCAUCACACAGUUGCAUCUUGUGGACAGCUCCUUCCAAUCUGAGUGGGCGCCGGUUUAGCAUCAUUGUUUUUCUGCAGAAAUGACUAAUCCUAGGUUCAGUCAAUGAACCUACAGUCAUGAUCAAGGUGUCAGACGGAGGCAGUACGUGGACGAUGAGCGGAGGUAGCAGCUGCACCCACCCAACUGUUCUCCCCAGACUGGGAGAACACGUGAACACGACAACUGCACUUAAACAAUCCACCACAACCACCACCAACGGUUAUAUGAACGGUGGACCCACUGCGCUUAACAGCCACAAGAACAAUGAAUCUACUACGCUUAAACAACCCACCACCAACGGCUACGUGACAUCAGAAACCAGUAUACAGGAGGAGGACGGACUAGACGAGCGAGGGGCCCUGCUAAAAAUAGUGCUAGACAUCGUACUGAAGGCCAACCUCGUUACCGGCAUCAACCCCACGGAAAAAGUUGUCGAGUUCAGACACCCCAAGGAACUAAAGGAAGUGCUGCAAGUUGGGGUGGGGGUGAACGGGUGUUCCCAGGAGGAGAUGGAGGCCGCGCUGGAGCAGGUUGUGCACUACAGCGUCAAGACUCAACAUCCUCACUUCUACAACCAGUUAUAUGGAGGCAUCGACGAGGUGGCGCUCACUGGAGCCUGGAUGACAGAGGCGCUCAACACUAACCAGUACACGUUCGAGGUGGCCCCGGUGUUUAUGUUGGUGGAAGAUUACGUCAUCUCCAAGCUGGCCAACCUUUACGGAUGGCCCAAUGGUGACGGUAUCUUCGCUCCUGGUGGAAGCUUGAGUAACAUGUACGGUAUGGUGAUGGCCAGAUACAAGAAGUAUCCAGACGUGAAGAGGACCGGAGUGUUUGGCCUCAAACCCCUCGUGGCGUUCACCUCAGAUCAGGGACAUUAUUCAGUGAGCAAGGGCGCCUCGUGGCUGGGUGUUGGGAUGGACAAUGUUGUAAGUGUUGCUUCAGACAGUCAGGGGAGGAUGAAGGCGGAAGAGCUGGUGAAGGCUGUUGCGGCAGCGAGGGAGAGGGGCGCUGAGCCCUUCUUCGUCAACGCCACGGCUGGCACCACCGUCCUCGGGGCCUUCGACCCUCUUCAAGAGCUGGCCGAUGUAUGCCACCAGGAAGGUCUCUGGCUCCACGUUGACGCGUGCUGGGGCGGUACUGCUAUGCUCUCAAAGAAAUACAAGCACCUGAUGGCUGGAGUGGAUAGGGCAGACUCGGUGGCCUGGAACCCUCACAAGAUGCUGGGAACGUCCCUCCAGUGUUCCGUCUUCCUCACCAAACAUAGGGGCCUUCUGCAAAAGUGCAACUCUGCGCGGGCGACGUAUCUGUUCCAGCAAGACAAACACUACGACGUGAGUUACGACACUGGCGACAAGAGCGUCCAGUGUGGGCGCAAGGUCGACGCCUUCAAGCUAUGGGUCUUCCUAAAGUUCCACGGCUUGGACGCCCUCGAGAAGAGGGUUGAUGCUGCCUUCAGCGCCUCCAGGUACUUGAGUAAGAAGGUAGCCGGCCGUCCUGGCUUCAGGCUGGUACAAGAGCCACAGUGUACCAACGUCUGCUUCUGGUACAUCCCAGCGAGCCUCAGGGGCCUCCCAGAGACCCCAGAGUGGUGGGUCAAACUCUCAAAGGUUGCUCCAGAACUGAAGGCGCGGAUGGUGAAGCAGGGAACUAUGAUGGUCGGGUACCAGCCCAUCGCCUGCAAGAAUCUAGUCAACUUCAUCCGGAUGGUCACCACCUGCACGCCUACGCCCACACACGAGCACAUGGACUUCGUAAUUAGUGAGAUUGAGAGACUGGGAGCCGAUCUGUAACGUUGGACAUCGACGACGGAACGACGUUGACAGUGAUCAAACUAAAUGAGGAACUCACGAGAGACGAAGACACGGAGUGUAGAAGAAAUGUGAAAGGCCUAAUAUAGCACAUAUGUGUGCUUUACUAGGUAUAGGAAUAUUUAAGUUUGUUUUUUAACUUCAUUUAUUUUAAAAGAAUUCCUUACUAGUCAGUAUACUAUUAUCUGAAGGCUAAGAACGUACGAAUUCGUGACUAUUGACGAUCGUCACAAUAGGUACUAUCUAAAUAGGAGGAUGGGUUGUGCAAUAUCAUAGAUACUGAGAAAUAUUAGACUAGAUAAGGUGAGAAUAUGGAUCUUGAAGGGCAAUGAUAGGUAAAUAUUAGAUCAGAGGGAAUACUGGAUGUAUGUUGAUUUAAUAUUAUUUUUACUGACCAAGCAGCUUUGUCUAGUGUGUUUAUCAUAGAAAAGAGCUCUAUUUUGUCUCAUCUUGAUCCAUACUUCGUAAGAAAUGUCUGGAAAUAUCCUUUGGCUGCUCGACACAUUGUCUUCAUGACCAGGGGCUAAGAACCGGAUGCAAUAGCUCUCAGUGAACGCCAAGACAGUCUGACGAGAUAUUUAAAGUAAUUUUUAAUAAGUUGUUAAAUAGGUUCAAUAUGAUAUUCAGAAAUAUUAAAAUAGCUUUAAAAAUGCAGUAUCCAGAUUCUAGAAUAUCUAGUGUAUCUACAUUAUCCAGAGUAGCUAGUGUACCUAGAGUAUCUUGUGUGUGUAGUUACUUAAUGUGAUAAUAACUAGCUUUUUUGUUUACAUUUUCUAGAGUGCUUCUGUAGAGGAUGUUCACCUCACCAGUUAAUAAAUCUUACAUAAUUAGCGAAUGACGUGCAUUUCUAUGUGAAUGCGAUACAUGUAUGUAACUUAUCACCUUCCUGUAUUCCUAAACGAAAUUUAUGUACCGUGUCCAAAUUCUUGUAUGUGAAAAUGUAUAUGUGUUCUUUGGUCUGGAUAAAUAAUGAAAACAUA